GUUUCGUUCCGCAGCGCCGGCUUUGUCAGCGCAGCGGUAGCUCGUGCGUGGCAGCAUUUUUCCGACAUCGAGCCCCACGUGCGCCUCGGCUCGCCACGGCUCACGCAGUGUGAUGGCCGCGGGUUUCGAGAACAUCGCACUUGCCGCCCUGAGUUAGCUCCCAUUCCGCCUGCUCCAUUCGUGCUGCUCGCGGCUCCCUGUGUGUUCCCCGGCUAUUUCACAACGAGGACAAUAUCACAUUCAUCAUUCAGCCUGCACCCACACCCGAUGCCGACGCAUGACAUGACCGGCUCCCACGGCGGGCCCAACGCACGGCCUGCAACGGCAGGUCGGGCCGUUCUGAGGGACGUCGAGCCCGCGGGAAUGGCCCAGGCUCGGGGUCGACCGUUCCAGGGUGUGCCGGGGUGCUCUGGUCGGCCAUGCGCAGAUGGGGGUCGGGAGAGAGGGGAAGCCUUCUUGGAAGCAGCCCUGCAUCUUAGUAGGUGCGGGCGGCGCCUUCUAAGAAGCAGCCUCCUUCUAAGGAGCCCUCCCCCCUCCCCCUGACCCCUUGAGCGCGCCGCCAAUCUGGUACGACCGCGGCGCCUCAUUCGAGGAAGAUUACAUGUUCGAAGGUCCACGCGGAUUUUUUGACCCUGGCGCGCUCUGCGCGCCAGGGAGGGAGGGCAAACGCCGAUCGCCGAGAUCCGCGCGGAGUUGCAACAAUUGGUGUGUUAUGCUGCUUUGUCUUCCUCUACAAGGGCGGCGGCUGGAAACAAAGUUCGGCUGGCACUACGCAUCGCACGAGGCCUGAGCCGUCUUGUGGCCCCAUUUUGUUUGGACCGCGAGGAUGAAUCUCGCUUCCCUGCCGUGACUUUGACCGUCGUGGCUUUCUGCUUCGUGCAUCGCUGGCCCAGGCGGCGCGCUGCGCCGAUGCACCUGCGGUGCCCCCUGUCCACCCGGCCGUUGGCUGCUUGGGCCCGGCCGGUGACGCACGGGCAUUUGCAUAUUUUCAUCGUUGCUUCAGCGGUCCCGCACCUGGUGGGGCUCGAGCUGCGCGCCUUCAGGCGGCCCCGCACGGCGCUGGCAGCAGACGCUUUCCAGCUUGUCGGCCUGGUGGGCUCGCUCGGCGCCAGUGCGCUGGUCGACCGUCCAACGCUUACGGUCGCGGUACGGGCGCAGGACGUUUUGGAGAGCUACAGACGUUUUGGAGCGAUGAUCUGGUGGGCCCAUGGGUGAUUAUCGUCUCGGAAGCCGAGCGCCCCUGGGGGAGCACUAGGCGCGCAGGGCGGCCUGGCGGGCGCGCGCCACUUCUGCAUUCGUGGUGCGGUGCAUCGCGUACUCUUGCACGCCCACCCUCCUUCGAUGUUCGCAGCGCCACCCGCGCCUCGGCUCCGAGGCGUGAGCAGCAGACGACGCGCUCCCGGACGCCUGGGGCGUCGCCCGGUUGGGCCUGCAGAGCUACGGAGCAAUCGAGGCAAGGUGCGUGGCGCCUCCGAGCAGAUAAUUAAAUUCGUACACCGCCGACUGCAGAGCUUUUUACAUGUACCAGAAUUUCCCCGAUGAUGCUAUAGCAAAGUGGGUGCGCUGCGACUUCCUGCGGCAGCUAAGUUGCGAGCGGGCAGCCGGCCGAUGCGGUGCCAAGAGGUGCCCCUUUACGCGGGCAGUCGCGGGGAGUGCUGGGUUCCCGUCCAGCAGGAA